AUGGCUUCAAUCAUGCAAGGAGCAAAUCGUUUGAGGAGGGUGAUGGCGGAAGGAAAGGAACCGGCGAUGGGUUGUUGGCAGAUGAUUCCUGGUGCUAAUGUUUCGAGGACUUUGGCGAGGACGGGUGUUGAUUGGGUGUUGGUGGAUUGUGAACAUGGGAAUAUAGAUGAGAUACUCCCAAUUGUGCACGGAAGAUGGUGCGUGGUAGAAGUACCAUCAUCUAUCAGAUCUCCUGCUGUAGCUCGUACCUUCAUGAUAUGUUGGGCGGAUGUAGUCAUUGGGACUAGGAAGAUCUACUAUAACCAAGUGGCAUGA